UUACAAUAUACAAAAUAGCAAAUCCUAACCCUUGUUUUUCAACACCGUCGACAUGAAGACUUUCUUCUCUUUCAUCAUCAUCUCCUUUCUUCUUCUGUUUGUGAAUGUCAGCUAUGGAAGAAAAGAACCAGGGGACUACUGGAGAAGUGUGAUGAAAGAUGAACCAAUGCCCGAAGCAAUCAAAGGGCUAUUACAUGAAGAUCCGAAAGGUUCGGCCAUGGAUCCCGGUAAGAAAAUGAAGCAGUUCGUCAGAGAUUUCGACAGCAGGCAUAGCCUUAUAAUAUACCACAACAGCCCCGAGUCUAAGCAACAAGGCAAGACAUCUGAUAUAAAGAACUAGACAGCAAAAGUAUCUGUCUCAUAUGUAUGAUCCACCUGGUAGUCUGCUUGGUUGUUGUGAUUACAAUUUUAGACAAUCAGAAACACUAGCUGUUUCUG